GAGAGGGGGCUGGGGAAGAAGAAACUCCUCUUGUGUGCUCUUCUCUGCUGUCAUUCACUGGGCUGCUCUCAGCAUCCAACCAAUGGAGAGUGAGGGCCUGCAGCAGUAGGCCCUGGGUAGGGUGAUUGAUGGGCAAGCGGGGCGGCGGGCGAUCGCACUCACAAUCCGCCGCGCUCCGCUCCGCGGGGCUCCCGGCUCCCCACCGCCCGCCGCAGCGAGGGGUCCCCGGGGCACCCUUGUGUGUGUCUGUGUGUCUCUGUGUCCUGGGUGAGAGGCUCCUGACGUGUCUUGGUGUCUGGGGGUGCUGGGUCUCAUCGGAGCGGGACCAGUGUGCGUGCCUGGGGUGCCGGUCUCCGCUCCUGGAAGCUGUUGAGUGUUUGGUGCGGUUGUGUCUCCAGGGUCUGUGUCCUGUGCUGGGCACGGCUGUCGCGCCCCGGGCUGCGGGGUGUUUCGCUCUUGUACCUGGGCUGCGCAUGGCUGUGCUGGUGUGUCUUCGUGCUGAGCGUGUGGCUGCCGUGUCCCGGCCUUGCGUGGCUCUGCUGGCGUUUCUCGGGGUGCUCUGCCGUCGUGCUAUGGGACUGAGCGCGUAGCCGGCGUGCCCCGGCUGUGCGCGGCCCCGUUGCCGGUUUCGGGGCGGUGCGGGGCUGGAGCUCCGGCCCCGGUGCCCGAGCGGCGGCAUGGAACACCUCGGGGCUCACCACCUGCACCAAGGGCAAGCCGAGCCCAUCAGCUUCGGCAUCGACCAGAUCCUCAACACGUCGGAGCCGGGCAGCUGCAUGGUGUCGCACCCGCGGCUGCAGGACUCGGCGGACUACGGGCUGGGCUGCAUCGUGGGCAGCGCCUAUAACACGGUCACGGGUGGCUACGGGGCGAGCGGCGGCGCGGCCGGCGCCUACACCGGCACCUCCUGCAGCAUGGGCGGCCUGCCCGGCUCCUACAACGUGAACAUGGCGGUGAGCAUGAACGGCAACACCUUGAGCUCGGCCGGCGGGGUGAUCCGCGUCCCGGCCCAUCGCCCCGUGGCCGGCGGCGUCCACCAGCCCCCCCCCCCCCCCCCCCCCCCCCCCCCCCCCCCCGGCGGCGUCCACCAGCCCCUCUCCGCCGCCGUGCCGGCAGUGAACGGCAUGAACAGCCUCACGGGGCUCACCUUCCCCUGGAUGGAGAGCAACAGGCGGUACACAAAAGACAGGUUCACAGUGGCCCUCUCACCCUUCACUGUAACACGCCGUAUAGGUCACCCCUACCAGAACCGCACGCCCCCCAAGAAGAAGAAGCCGCGCACCUCCUUCACCCGCCUGCAGAUUUGCGAGCUGGAGAAGCGCUUCCACCGGCAGAAAUACCUGGCCUCGGCCGAGCGCGCUGCCCUGGCCAAGGCCCUCAAGAUGACGGACGCCCAGGUGAAGACCUGGUUCCAGAACCGGCGCACCAAGUGGAGGAGGCAGACAGCGGAGGAGCGGGAGGCUGAGCGGCAGCAAGCAAACCGCAUCCUCAUGCAGUUGCAGCAGGAAGCCUUCCAAAAAACCAUCAACCAGCCCAUCCAAGCCGACCCCAUCUGUGUCCACAACUCCUCUCUCUUCGCCCUCCAGAACCUCCAGCCUUGGUCUGAUGACUCCACCAAGAUCACCAGUGUCACCACUGUCGCCUCUGCUUGUGAAUAAGUCUGGCACUCACUGGUGGCACCUACGCCUUCUGCCAGCGGGACACGAGGCAUCCUUGGUGGGACAUGUAGCAACCCUGUUGCUCCCUGAGGAGGGCUGGAACCCCCUGAUCCUCUGGCCACCACAGCAUCCUAUGUAUCCAGCUGGGGAAACUCUCCACAAGGAACAAAAAGAAGGAAAGCCACCCCAAAAACUCUUCCCAGCCAUGGAGUUGCUGGAGCAGCAACGCUGUCUCACCUCCCCCCAACCCCUUUGUUCUCUUGGAAGUCUCCAGUGUCGACCCUGAACUUGCUGACGUGCUGCCAGACAAAAGCCCAGCCCUGACAGACA